CGUCUCAAUUCCUUCACCGUCGAAGCGAGAGGCAUCAACGUUCCAAGAUGGGUAUCGACUCCGGAGUUCGUCACCACCAAAAGAAGGGUGCCCGUCAGGCCCCUAAGUCUGAGGAUGUGUACUUGCGUAUGCUUGUGAAGCUUUACCGCUUCCUUGCUCGCCGUACCGACUCCAGGUUCAACAAGGUCGUCUUGAAGCGUCUCUUUAUGUCUCGCGUCAACCGUCCCCCCAUCUCCGUGUCCCGCCUCGCCCGGUUCAUGAAGAACAAGGAGGACAAAAUUGCCGUCAUUGUUGGAACUGUCACUGACGACAUCCGCUUGUUGACUGUCCCCAAGCUCACCAUUGCCGCUCUCCGUGUUACCCGCUCUGCCCGUGCCCGUAUCAUCAAGGCCGGCGGUGAGAUCCUCACCUUCGACCAGCUUGCUCUCCGUUCUCCCCUCGGAAAGGGCACUGUCCUCCUCCGUGGUCAGCGCAGCACUCGCGAGUCCGUCAAGCACUUCGGUACUCCUGGCAAGCCCCACUCCUCUGCCAAGCCUUUCGUCCGCUCCAAGGGCCGCAAGUUCGAGAAAGCCCGUGGAAGGAGAAAGUCCAGGGGUUUCAAGGUUUAAGCGCUUUGAAAUCACCUAUCGCGCUUUUCUCUUUACCAGCCUCUGGCAUUGGGAUUGUACCUUGUUUAUUGAAAUAUAUAUCAGUGUGCAUUUCCAUUCGAAAUCGCUCUCGGC